AUGGUGGCUGGAGUUGAACUUCAACAAAAGCUGCUGCACCGGCUGCGGAUGCUACCAGGAGAGGCUGCGCAGGCCGAGACACUCACACCAGAUGUUGACAAGAAGCCGAUCCCUUCAAAAUCCUCGUCUGACGAGGAUCGCUUGGAGGAUAUGGCCUCCGAAGCGAGCAAGCUCCGACAGCAGAUCUUGAAUGCUAAGAAGGAGAAAGACCUUGCCAACAGAAGGAGACAAAAGAUUGAAAACGAUUCGGUCCGCCAUCACACGAACACCGCUAAGCAAAUCGCAAACUAUCACUGUCGGUUGCGAGCUAUGCACAAUACUAUUACAGCUGACAAAGAAGAGGCCAAUAUUCUGCGACAGAAUCGUCGCAAUGACGAGCGGAAGAAGCAGUGCCACCAGGCUCAAGCCAGAAAGCUGAAAGAAGAAGCUGAAUUGUGCAAGGCGCAUAAAGCAAAGCUCGUUGUCGAAGUGCAGGCGGAGUCGGACAAGCUGGCUACCCUGUGGGCAGAAGUGAAAAGCUACGAGCAGGCCUUAAAGGAAGUGUUGGAGCGCAAGGUUUUGGCGGAGGCGGAGGUCACGGCAACCAGGAUGUCGCAAGUGGCACAGGAGGAGGGGGAGGAGGAGGACAACACGAGGAAUUUCGCAAUGCACAGUGGGAGCGAAGACGAGCAGGAGGAUGAAAACGAGGAGGAAGAAGCCAGAGUGUUGAACGAAUUAGAGCUCGCCUACGAGGGCUUAGAGUUGUCCUCGAUCAUGCCUAUCCCUGCAGCAGUGCGGCUGGCCACCGGCCACAUUUCACACCAAGAGAAAAUGUCGAAAGUAGACAUCCCCGAAACCGGCUUCCUGGAGAGAGAAGGCGUCGAGUUUAGCCGAUGGACGCGGCCGUCGCCCAGUGGAAAAAAGGAUUGGACCGAAGAGGAGCUGGAAGCCGAGUACGGCGAGCAUCUCAGGAAUUUAGAGAAAGUCCUCCUGGAACUUCGGCAGGAACAGGCGGAACAGGCGGAGGAACGACGCUGCCAGUCGCGGCUUGCUGCCCUCAAGCAAAAGAAAAGGCAGGAGGCUGCAGCGGCUGCGGCUGUUGCAGCAAAUCGCUUCCCAUGGAACAUGGGAAAGUGGAUGAGGAGAGAAACGCCCGAGGCCUCGACACCAAAGGUGUCUGUGGUGUCCGGCUUCUCCAACUUUUCGCCGUAUGCGGCAGUGUGUCGUAAGUACACGGCACUCUCAGUCUAA